UAUAGGAGUAUAUGACUAUGUUCGCCGACCAAACACAUCAAAGCAAGGCACCCCGUGAGGUUCCUUCUUAGCCGGACAUUCGCCGGAGGCACUUCCACGCCGGCAAUUGCAAAUCGGCCACAGCCACUUACCCUUUCCCAAUUCUCCCGAAAAAGGUCACUUCUUGCUCAGAAAUUCAUCUUUUUUCUGGGUUUUCUUGUGUCCAUCUGAAUUGGGUUUUCUUGACAAAGUAGAGUAGGUAUGAAACAGUGCGUUGCUAGGAGGUGGAUGCUCUAUCAUCUUAUCCUGUUUCUGCUUCUCUUGUGCCCUUUGGUUUUCCCCGACAUGAGCGGUAGCAUUGAGGCUUGUAAGAAUGAGAUAAAGAAUGAGACUGAGUGUUGUCUAGCCAUGGGGCACUAUGUUUCACACUUGCAUAGGCAGAACUUUAUCACUAACUCGCGAGCAGUGGACUGUGUUGAUUCACUCGGCAUGAAGUUACAGAAAGCUAAUGUUACCCGAGAUGUUUACAAGCUUUGCCUUAUUACCCUCAAGGACUUUUCAGUUCAAGUUACACCAGAAGGUAUGUACCGUCUAUUUGUUCACUUGUGAAGACUAUACUUAGUAGUUUUAAAAAUAUUACUCCGUACAUUGUUUUGUGGCUCUUUCAAUUGUACUCUCUUCAGCUCAAGAUAUAUUCAGUUUAUGCUAACCUCAAUUCUUUUUUUCUCAUAUUGGCAUCUUCAAAACGACAUUUCCAGUUACACCAGAAGUUGAGAUGAUGACUCUGGAGAACCUUUACGUAAAUGGAAUAAAGGAAUGCUUUUAUGAUCCCACCAUCAAUUUGCCAUGUGAAGGUGCAGCUAUGUGGGAAAUUUGUAUACCAGCAUGCAAAAAGAUGUUAGGAGGAUACGCAAGUGGAUGUUGUUCAUGGGACACCCCUACGAAACAUUGUCGAUGCCGAUGGAUAUCAAAUGAUGAUACAUGCUAAAAAAAUGUAUUCUUAUUUCACAAGUGCCUAAGAAAACUAAAAAGAAAGAGGAAUAAUGUAAAUGUGGUGCAUUUAUAUAUGCUUAUUUAGUCUUCGAGACAUAAUACAUACCCGUACUAUAU